AUUCAAUUCCAACUCCCGCUGCUGCUGCUGCUGCUGCUGCGACUUGAAACCUGCAACUUCAUUCUUCUACCCCUAAAUCUCACUAACUUCGUUAUCGCACCGAUCCCUCUAAGCUCUCCUGAAUCAAUUCCAAACAACUUCCAAAAUGGCUUGCGGUUCCUCCAAAUGUCUCUACGACCGCAACGGUCCCGGUAGCGCCGCCACUUCGAUCGCCGAGUCCAUCAUUAAGCCCUCCGAGGCCACGGGCACCAAAACCAAGUGUAUCGAAUGUGGCGACUACGAAUGCUGCUGUAUCCCCUGCACCAUCCUGUAAGGGGGGUCGAACAACAACAUGUGUUGCGAGGCAACAAUGCCGGGUGUUUGUUGUUUGAGAACUGAGCUUUUAUAGUCCUUUGUGUGUUGCGUCGCGAUGCUGCUGAGAAACAUAGAGCAGCUGAAGUGUGUAUAUUGAAUCAACGACUCAGACGAAGUUUAUGACCGCCUUUUGACAACCCGAGGCUUAGCUUUAUGCAUUUCCACUUGCGUGUGCGUAGAUGUUGAGGUUCGCUCCAUAUUGCAAACAUCGCGACCUUCGUUGUGUAAAUUCCUCU